AUGGCGGCGAAUACGCCGCUCAUUGAACGCGUCGAUAUCCACAAAUCAUGCAAGGCGCUCGAGUCUAUCGUGAACAUCUUCAACGAUUACUGUCAGGCUGCGGAGGCUCUUGCAAGCGUACAGAAGAAAUUUGCACGCGCUCUCAAAGACGUGGUGGGUCAGAAAGCUACGAAUGAACUCGCAGGAAAUGCGCUAAGCGCUGCAGCAAUGUUGCUAGAAUCAUUGGCCGAAGUUGAUGCUAAAUUUGUCAAGACAAUUGACAAGGAAUGUGAAGGGACUAGUAAUGAUCUGAAGAAAUGGUUUAAGACGCUUGGAAAGGAAGAAAGGAAACAUGACGAGAAGAUUAAUGCGGCAAAUACGAAGAUCAAACAAGCUGGUCAGCAAUAUGAAAAGAAGGCAAAGAAGAAGGAUCGCGACGCGGCCGAAGAGCAUACCCGUUACGUGAAUCUACUCAGCGUAAUUGGGCCAGAAAUGUCGCAAGAGAAGUACAACCAUUCGUUAUUUGUGACACAGCGACAUACUGCUAUGCUGUACAACGUUACCUCAAGUGUAUCGCGUGCCGCUGAUGCAGAGUGGACGCGCGCAUGCGACUGUGUCCGCAAGUUUGCUCCCGUGAUAGGACGUAUCGGAGAAUGUCGUGCAUAUCUUGAAGGUGGUUGGAUGCUGAACAUUCCAGACUCAGGAGGAAGCGAUGAUGAUAAGAGCGGUCCUUCCGAAGGUACCGCCCGCGAGCAGGAAGGAAAUGGCAAAGUUGAUGAGAUGGGUGUCCGAAUUGACAAAUCACCAUCAGGAUCCACCGAGGCGGAUCAAUCUGUGCUACACUCGACUGCUCCAGCUCUUACUCCUGCUCUAAGCUAUGCAUCCUCAACUUCUCCAUCGUCCCCGUUCUCGUAUUCGACUCCGACUACUCAUAGCCCUCCUUCAGCUCCUCGUUCUCUUCCGAGUCGCUCACCUCAUAACAUGUCGCCGCCGACCUCUUUCGUCCCCGCAUUAAUGGGCAAGCUAAACACUGAUUCGGUUCGCUCUAUUGAAUCACUAUCAUCAUUCCCUACUCCUCCUACACACUUCCCGCUUCCGAUGAUGGCACAGUUACCUUCGUCGCCAUUGGCGCAGGCCUCGACGGAACAGAUAAGAGCACCGGAUGGAGGGAAUCCCAGCACUGCAGCCGGGCCUAACGACAUUAAACCGAUCUCGGACGUACCUAGGAUGUCAACAACCCCUGUCGAACAAACUGCCCCUCCAUUAACCGCGGACAGCGGCCAUUCAACUACAACUGGUCAAAGCCAACCCCCCACACCGCUUGUAUUUCCUAACGUCGAUGGGACUGAAGUGGAUAAAGACGAUACUGUUAAGCUGAAGGCAGCGGAACGCCCCCAGUCUCCGCAUCAUCGAAGACGCGAUAGUGUACCUCCCGGAACGAAUGAAAUGGGAAUGCAAGAACGGAAGGUCUCUGGAAAUAUUGAAAGAACGGAGUCUGUAACAAGUACUAAUAGUAUAGUCGCUUCGAUGCGCGACAAAUGGGUGCGAGGGGACGUUCCUUCUACUGCUGCUACUGCUCCACAACGAGAUAUACCACGCGUACCGAAUAAGGUAGCAGACCUUGCAAGUCGCUACGCGCCUUCAUCCGAUACCAACGCUAGACCUUUAUCACCCCGGAACACCGGCCAGGUGUCUCCAACUACGGAUCGGCCCCGACAAGCUAGUGGACCAACUGCUCUGCGUGAUAAUAAUUCCAGCACUGGUACCGUCAUCGUAAAUCAAGUACCGACAUCAGCGGACGCUGGAGCAACACCGUCCGAGAUUGACUUGGCGCGACGGAGACGGAGGAUUGAAGAGUUAGAAGAGCUUGAACGUCGUGAGCAGGCACAGGCGUUACGUGCUCGCGAACGCGAAAUUGAGAUGCAGACGAAGGAACUUGAGCGUGAACGUGAGCGAUUACGGGCACUAGGUAUCGCGACUUCAUCAAGCUCCGGUUCUGGUGGAGUCCGAACGCAUCAGCAACAUAGCUAUAGUAUGGUCAAUCUCGUUCCAUCGCGUAGUGGUGGUGGUGGUGGUGAAGUGCCUGUUAGACCGACAUCACAAUACGGAGAGCCGAUAGCGCUGUCUGCUUCUCAAUCAACGUCAUCCUCUUCGAAUUCAAACCCUUCGACGCGCCCUGAUCAUGCACCCUAUUGCGGCUGUCAAACAUGUUCCGCUUCUCAAUACAGCAAUCCUCCUUCUCAUGUACAGGCCGCCCCGCAGCCACGUAUGCAGAGAGAAAAGCCGAAAGGGUGGAUGAGACGUCUCAGCAUGCCCGUCGUUUCUAAUGCAUUCUCUUCGUCGGACUCCAAGAAACCGUACGGAAUCGGUCCAGGCGUCGCAGGUGGUGGGAAGACAGGUGGACCAGCACCGUACUUCGAGGCUGAUAGUACAGGUGGGAUAAGUAAUGUCAAUCCUGGACGACAAAGAAAACUAAGUUUUGGAAGACGCUGAUACCAUUCUAUGACUUCGAUCUUUGAACUUUUUAAUUAUAUUGCUUUCUGAUUUACUCCAAUUUUUAUUUACC